AUGGCGCCCAUAGUCAGUAAGGUAGAAGUUCUAGAGAUGAACAAGGAAAACAUCCAGCCGCUAAGUGGAGGACGACCGGUUUCAAAACUAUCGGAAGCGUUUCAAUCUUCAGAAUCGUACAAGUACCAAAGACACAAGGCCAGACUACUAUUGGAACGAGAACAGCUAGAAGAUGAGGUUGCAAAUCUGGAGGAUGCCGACGACCCGCUCGAGAUUUUUGUGAGGUAUAUAAGUUGGACUCACACAAACUACCCUCAAGGGGCCAACAGUGAAAGUGGAUUAGUCAAUUUGCUCGAACGAUGCACUUCACACUUUCGAGAUGUGCCGCAUUGCAAGAACGACCCCAGGUACCUCAAGGUGUGGCUCGAGUAUAUCAAGUAUUCCGAGUCGCCACGAGACGCGUACAUUUAUAUGGCGAAAAAGGGGAUUGGCAACCAGCUAGCGUUGUUUUACGAGGAGUUUGCCGCGUAUUUGGAGCUUCAAUGCAAAAUCACCGACGCCAGGCAGAUGUACGAGUUGGGGUUGGAGAUGGCUGCGUUCCCCGUGGAGCGACUAAAGCGGUCCUAUGCCAAGUUCAAGGACCGUGUACGGAGUCUGGGUGUGGCGGAGCCUGCCGCCAACGGUAAUGGCCGCGAUGUGGCACGCGACGUGUUGGCGAUUGUCAGGGGCAGCCCAGCAACAGCCGCAGAAUCUCUCCCUCCAAAGAAGAAAUCAAAGAUGCAAGUAUUUCGAGAUAAUAAUGAUUGCAAUGAGAGUGUCCUACCGUCGAUUUUCGACAAUAAUGCCGCCGAUGGUCAAGAUGUGCUUGAAGCGAGAAAAACGAGGAUCCGCGAGAAUGUGAUCCAACCCACUCAAUGGCUGGGUCAAGUUAUAAAGCAAAAAAUCCAGCCUCGUGUAUCUCUGGCGGGGAAAAUCCAGGUAUUCCGUGACGAUUCACCAGGUGGUGGUGGUGGUGGUGGUGGUGGUAGUGCUCCACCUCAGCAGCUUGUAGCUCCACACUCGCCUCAAAUUUCACAGCUGGUACAUCAAGAUAAAGACGGUGAUUUUUACACAUUAGUUGAGGUCACAGGUAAGAAGCCAGAACGGGUCAUGGUAAACAUGGACCUCUCAAAUUCACAGGACCUCGACGUCAUGGAAAUGCUCGCUAUAUCGCGAUUCAAACCACGGCAAAACCGAAAACAAAAACAACAGCAACAGGAACAGCAACAAAUUCCAAUCUUCAAUCCCUCUAAUCGACCAAAAUUGCAGAUCAAACCCGAGGUGAGAAGCACCGGUGUUGUAGAUGGAACUGAAACAUUCACUAUCCCACUCAACGACGACUCCACUAUCAAAGUCAACGAUCCAACAAUUACUGCAUAUUCCAAGUUCGCCAAGAACGAAGUGUUUGGGAUGUUCAACCAACCAAGCCCCGUCACUGAUGAAGAUGCGCCAAUUGAAGGAAAUGGGAGAGGAGAAGACGAGGAAGAAGAAGAAGAAGAAGCAACAACUACUAAUCUCACUGGAUUCGUAACGGAGACGAUCCACGCACCAGAACCACAACCACGCACUCAAUCUCAACCUCAUCGCCAAUUGCCAACACAAAGAAUAAAAGAAGACGAUGAAAAGGAACAUGAAGAAGAAAACGAAGAAAAAGCAGUAGACAAAUCACCACUUCGCGCCGAUCCCCACCUCAUCGACCCAUUCAACCCGACAAUCCAAUCUGAAAUCCUAUCAAAUUUGAAAAUCCCCUUGUCCUACUAUCCAAACUUCCACCAACUAGCUCCUCAAACAGCAAACCAGUUAUCGAAACUACCGCGCAACGCUACUACCACCACCACAAUGCGCAGCUCACAAGCGUCAAUAAUUGAAUGCUGCGGGGAUGAAAUAUACUGCAUCAUCAGCAAACUCGGCCAAGGGGGCUUUGCGCCCGUUUACUUGAUCGAGAAUGCCCACAACGGGUCGCUCGCGGCGCUCAAGAUCGAAGCACCAGCGUCAGCAUGGGAGUUCUUCAUCUUGCACCAGAUCCACCGUCGGCUCAUCGACAAGCCCAGCUUCAUCUCCCAUUUCAUCGCGGCGCAUUCGCUCUGGCAUUAUGCAGACGAGAGCUUUCUCGUGUUGGACUACUGUCCGCGCGGCUCCUUGUUGGACUUGGUCAACUGUGGCACCGUGGAUGAAGUCGUGGUGGUGUUUUUCGCGGUUGAGCUUUUGAAAACGGUGGAGGUUUUGCAUUCGAUUGGCGUGCUUCAUGGCGACAUCAAGGCUGAUAACUGCAUGGUUCGCUUUGAGCCAUCGGUUUCAGGGUGGAGCGAGACGUAUGUGCGCGAUGGCGGCGCCGGGUGGGACGCAAAGGGGUUGACCAUGAUUGAUUUCGGGCGCGCGGUGGACUUGCGGUCUUUUGACGCCAACGCGCGGUUCGUUACUCGUGUUCCCGUGGACGAGCUGGAUUGCGUGGAAAUGAAUGAGGGAAGGAGCUGGAAAUACGAAGCGGAUUACUACGGGGUUGCGGGCGUGGUGCAUACGUUACUAUUUGGCGAGUAUAUCAAGAUUGAUAAAACGGGCACGAGGGUUAAGUUGAAGAACGGGUUCAAGCGGUACUGGCAGCGCGACUUGUGGAUGGAACUCUUUGAUUUGUUAUUGAAUCCGUACCAUGGCGAACCGGACGCAAUGGCGAUGGCGAUGGCGGCGAGACGAUCAGCGAAAACGCAGCAAGUGAGGGACAUUAGAACCAAGUUUGAAGACUGGCUCGAGAUGAAUUCCAAGAGCAGGAACUUACGGUCGAUCAUCAAGUCCCUAGAACACGAGCUUGAAGUAGCGCAAAGGGGCAAAAGCUCCAUAAACUGA